GCUCCUCCAUUCAGACGACGCGACGCAGAGCGACCUGUCCGCGGACCCAGACCACGGUCUCUCGGUCUUCACACCUUCUUUUUUUUUUAAUUAAAGAAAAAAAAAAAAAAGUUAGAGUUAAAUUUCGUCAUGAGUGUCAUGGCCUCAGAGAGCGUGUUCCUGUCCGCCUUGCAGCCCAACAACUCCGUCACCACCUACGGGCUCCCGUCGGAGGUCCGCCUCGAGCACGGAGGCUCCCACUCGGACCAGGUUGCCAGGUCGCGGCGCGUCCAGCAGCAGGUCCAGAUGAGACUGGCCGAGAAGUCCACACUUCCGCGUCAGAAUGGAUCGGCCUCACACAGCUACGCCAUGUCAGACUACGGUGGAUCUUCGACAAUGAAAUAUCACACCUAUACCCCGAAUUUCAGCUCCAAAUCCUCCUACAUGUACUCAGGCUCCAGAACAAUGGGUCCUCCGGUAUCCCAGAGGUCGGGUUUCAGCUGCCAGUCUGCUGGCCCAGAUAUGUUCCACAAGAUCAGCGUUGGAGGUGGUGGAGGUGGUGGAGGUGGUGGAGUUUGUGGAGUUGGUGGAGGUGUUGGAGGGGUUGGAGGUGGUGGAGGUGGCACUUUCUACCAAGAUGACUUGCGCAUGGGCAGCUACCAGGGGAGUGUCAGACGACCAGUCCGAAUGGACGCAGAGAGCCUCUCUAUGCAUUCAAUGCGCCAGCAGCCAGUGCCCAUGAAUUCCUGGGCGGUCGAUAACAGCGAUGCUGUCAGCAUAGUCUCUGACAGGGACGCCAGCUUUGGCCGCCAGUAUUCCCACGGCACAUUCAACGGCUACACCAGUCAGAUGAGGCAAGGAGGAGGCACCAUGACCUUUGUGCCGCCCAUGCAACAGUCUCUUAGUGGCACUCUUUCCCGUGGCGGAGGGAUGACAGGAGGAGAGACGGAGAACGUCCAGCAACAUUUGUUCAAAGGCCCAGCCCACCGCACCAUCAACAGGAUUACAAACCGAAACCGGAUGAGCAUGGGCUCCAUGUCUGGGAGCACCUAUAGAGGAGGAGACACAGUGGACAGGGGCUUCAUCGCAUCCGCAGUGUCCUCUGGUUCCCAGGGGAACCUAUUACAGCAGCGCCAGGGAACCCUGUCCCGUGCCAUGUCAUCCAAGAGCAUUCACAGUGUCGGCAGGGGCAUGGACAUCUACGGUGGGCAGAUGGAGAUGGGAGCCAGCAUUGGCAAUCUCAGCGGGAUCAACUACUUGGACAUGCCCGCAGCCGUGCAACACCUGAGAGAGCCCGACCAUGAUUUACAGGUCCUGGGAGCCGCCUACAUUCAACAUGAGUGUUACAAUGACAACGAGGCCAAAAAUGAGGUGCGUAAUUUGAAGGGCAUUGGCGAGCUGGUGAAGCUGUUCAACAGUGAAAACCAGGAAGUGCAGCGCUAUGCCACCGGCGCCACGCGCAACCUCAUUUACGAGAAUAUGGACAAUAAAGUGGCCCUGAUGGAAGAGGGCGGCAUCCCCCAGCUGGUCGAGGCGCUCAAGGAGACGGAUGAUGAGCUCCACAAAAACAUCACAGGUAUUCUGUGGAACCUUUCAUCCAAAGACAAUCUGAAGGAGAAACUGGCGAGGGAGAUACUUCCCGAGCUCACUGAGAAGAUCCUCAUCCCCAUGUCCGGUGGCGGAGACGCUGAGGAAAUCAGUCUUUCUUCGUCUGAGGCAGACAUCUUCUACAACACCACAGGAUGCCUCAGGAAUCUGAGCUCUGUGAACGAGAAGACCCGUCAGCGGAUGAGAGAAACCCACGGACUGGUGGACUGUUUGGUGGGCUACAUCAAAGCCUUCCUUGAACAGAACAAGGCAGAGGACAAGGGGGUGGAAAAUGCGGUGUGUGUCUUGAGGAACCUCUCCUACCAGCUCUACGCCGAGAUGCCUCCAUCUGCUAUGCUGCGCCUGGAAGGACCGACCAGAGCUCAGGAUACAGGGAAAAGCGAGGCAAUUGGCUGCUUUACACAUCAGAGCAGGAAAGCCAAAAACAGCAAGAACCAGGAUCUCUGCACGUUCACCGAGGUUGCUCGGAUACCAAAGGGUGUGGAGUGGUUGUGGCACCCUCAGAUAAUUAAGGUAUACAACCUCGUUCUGCAACAGUGUGAGAUCAACUACACCACCCGCGAGGCAGCUGCUGGAGCUCUGCAGAACAUCACCGCUGGAGACACCAGGUGGGCGUCAGUUCUGAGCCGGGUGGCUCUGGAGCAGGAGCACAUGCUGCCGGUGCUGCUCGACCUCCUGCGUACCAACAAUGACCUGGAGCUGCGUUCCCUCACCGGCUUCCUCAGAAACCUAUCCCGCCAUGCCAAUGAUAAGGGCAACAUGGCGUCAAAGGUUGUGAACAACCUGGUGCCCAAGCUGCCGGCCGAUGCGCACCAGAAGGAGCCCUCCAGCGAUGUGGUGGUCAACAUCUGUGGUAUUCUCAACAACCUGGUGACCGGCAGCACUUUAGCUGCCAAAGAAAUUGCCUUUUUCGAUGGCCUGACCAAACUGGUGGCCAUCAAGAACGGGGGUGGCAGUAGCGCUGGGAAGAUGAAAGCUGCCAAAGCAGCAGGUACAGUUCUCAGCAACAUGUUCCAGUACAAGAAACUGCACAAAUAUUACCAAACGAAAGGGUUCAGACGACAAGAUUUUGCAGAUCUGACAAUCUAAAACGGGUAAUGUAGUCCACUUCUGAAGCAGUAAUCAGUCCUGCACUCUACCAGCACCCUAUGGGAGAAAUCUUAUAUAAACUCCUUCUCUGCCAUAUUUUAAUGCUAAGGACAUGAACAUGCAAGUGAUGAUGAAUCUACCAGCUGGAGGUAAAAAGAAGCAUGCGUGUAUUUUAAAAGUCGACGGACAUCUGCAAGGACCGUAGUCCAGGUAUGAUGGACUAUCGAUGGACUCUGAUACGAAUGUGUGCACCUUAACCUCUCUUUGUUUGAGCUGAGUGUGUGUUCAGUGUGGAAUCAGGGAUUUACUUUUUCCGGAGCAACGUGUAUCUAGAUAAACCUGCAGCUCUGUGCUUCUGCCAUUUGAAAAAAAAAUAUGAAACUGUUAAUUGACAAUAUGCUGGACACUCGUGCCUCAUUUUCACACUAAUGCACUUAAUUCACAGCAUGAAUGCAACAACAUUGCCAUGGCCUUUUUGUAAAUAUUGCUUUAUCUUUUACACAGAAAUUAAAUGAAAUGUUUUAUUAAUUGUAGCUUUGUAUUUAGUUUUUGGAUAAAUACAUGUGUUAUUAUGUGUCAACAUUAUAACAUGUAGUUAUAACUGAAUGUCAACCAGAGGACAUAUUUAGAAUUGCUGUUUGCAGGAAUGUUAAUACAUUUGAUUUAGAAAUCUGGGGAUAGAUUGUGCCUUUAAAGUUGACUUUUGUAUUUUGCUAUGGGCUUUUUAAAAGUUGAAAAUCGUAUAAAAAUAUCUUAUAAAAAGCUGUCUUUUGCAAUCACUUUGUCAAAAAGAAUUCUAAAUGCACCUUUGUGUCCUUUUCACUUUUUUUUUUAACAUGACAUUAAAACUGCUGUUUGUCUAAUGUAAUAAAUAGUGUGAAUGUGAAACAUGGGUGAAAGGAAACAGUCCUGUCAGACCAAAUUCAAUAUUUGUGUAGUGUCUGGGACCAACUGAGAAAUUUAACACUGUGGUGACCAGAUUGAAUUUAGAUUGGCAAGUUCAUUAUUUUAAAAUCUACGUGUGAGUCCAAAUGAAAAUAAUGCAGAAUUAUAACAUUAGUGUGCAUGUUUCUGUGUUAGUGUUUUAUAAAAACACUUGACUUUUUCAUAUCUUCUUUUGUGUUGUAAUCGGGGACACAUUUCAUCUGGAUGUGUUUCAGCCAAUAAAGAGAUAAAUGUGGAAAUGAA